CGCCGUUGUGAGUGUUAUAGUGAAGGGCGGGGGGAGCGACGCAUCAUUGCAGUAGUGAGAAGAAAGUCCUGCGCUAGUCCGAAAGCCUCAGACACGCAUACACGAACACCGAAAGAAGAAGAAGAGGAGGAGGAAGAAGAAGAAGAAGCCUCGAACCUAAAAAGCCGACCUAGCAGAGACUCGUAUGGUUUAUUUUGUGCUGACUCCUUAGCAUCUUUUUUUUUCUCUUGGAAGAAAACACCGCGUGUUGAAUCCGGAUAUAUAUUGUGUGUUUGUGUGUGUGUGUGUGUGUGCGUGUGUAUGUGUGCUGGCAGGACUCGGUUGACACUCGGUUCUGGGUGAAUUAUAGUUUCUCGUAAUGCGCCACUCAGGCUGAUGCUCCCGCUGCAGCAGUGAGAUCUUCUCUCCUCUCCUGUCCGCUCUGCUCCCAGCGUUUCCCCAGCUGCGUUGGUCAUCGCGCAUUGUCCCAUCAAAGCAAAACACAGUGCUGACCGUACAAUUCUAGGGACUUUUCAUCCUCCUGUUAUCCUCUUCUCCACUUUGCUGCUAUCUCGCUGACUUAAAACCCUUCCCCCCUUCAUCUUUCUCUCUCCUCUUCCUCCUCGUCUUUAGCAAGGCGAAAGCGCUGCAGAGAGCAUGUCAGCUCCAGCUCCAGAUGCUGCAGCUCCUGCAGGAGCUCCCGGGGCUCCUGGUGCACCCGGAGCAGACGGAGCACCAGGCACAGGCCCUCCUGCACCUCCUCCCAACACCUCCAGCAAUCGUCGACUACAGCAGACACAGGCGCAGGUGGAAGAGGUUGUUGAUAUUAUGCGCGUGAAUGUGGAUAAAGUCUUGGAGCGGGACCAGAAACUGUCCGAGCUGGACGACAGAGCUGAUGCAUUGCAGGCUGGAGCCUCUCAGUUUGAGAGCUGUGCUGCCAAGCUGAAGAACAAAUACUGGUGGAAGAAUUGUAAGAUGAUGAUAAUGAUGGGUAUUAUUGGAGUCAUAGUGGUCGGAAUAAUCUUCUUGUAUUUCUUCUCAUGAGCUCACCCAGCUGACAGAGAUAAGAAAACCAGUUAAAGGAGGCAGAAGAUCAACCAAAACAUAAUGAAAAGCCCACUCAUAAAGCCCAUGCCUUUUCCUGUUCCCUCUCUGUUUUUACUAUGAAGGCCUCUUAUUCCAGCCAUCUGCUCCUUACUCAGUGUGACAGCAGUAAUCAGAUUCACAAGCCUCCUCUUCUACCAUAAUCUGCUAUGCUUUUCACUGACUCUUUCAUUAUGAUUUCCUAUAGCUCCUUGUCUUAGCAUCUCUGACAUUACACACACACACACACACACAGGGACAUAGACCAUGAGUAUUUGUGGGAUUAGUGGGAUAAAAGGGUAGGUAGCUGUCUGCCUCUGUUGCAAAGGUGAAAUAGGAAGUGUAGGUGUGUAAAUUAAGUGACAAAGAAAUUAAAGACAGGGGAUUAAAGGCAGACAUUUUUACUGAUAAGCCAAACAUCUUCAACUGACUUUCUAAGUCCUUUGGGAAUUAGUAAACUAACCUCAAUAUCUACAACACAUGUUGCUCUUUCCUACUGACACCACCUUCAUGGCUUUAUCCCCCAUCUGCUUAUUUCUAUUAAUGUCUACAAGAUACAUGAGAAGAAAUUUAACUUUUAGUGUAUAUGUGUAAUUGUCAUUGCAAACAUUACCUAUAGAAACUUUUCAUCAGAUAUAUAGCUAUAAUUAGAAAUAUCCUGUUAGUUUGUCUGCUGUCCAAUGACCAAGGAGGCAGAUCAAAAUAAACAGAAAUAUAAAAAGGAGAAGUGAACAGGGAUGUGAGGGAUUUUAAAGUUUUUUAAAUAUCGGUUAAGGAAAAUCACUCACACACACACACACACACACACAAGGCAUGGAUACAUACACAUUACAAAUCUAUACAAAAUGUCAGCUUAGGAUUAAUUAAAAAUAAAACAAAACAAAAUAAAAAAAAAAGGUUUAACACCAUUUAACAACCAUAAACUCACCUACAGAAACUGCCCCCCCACACACACAUAUACACACACACACUAACAGUUAGUAAUUUAUUUGUGUCUAAUUACUUGCAUGGAAGAUUGGACACAAUGUAAGACCUCAUUCCCUUGAUUCCUACUGCCUUUGUACAGCCUACACAGAAACAUCUCACUGCUUCCAGCUUCCAUGAAAUCUCUUCAGUGUACAAAAUAUAAGAUCUGUGAGCCUGCCAAAACAUACAAUACCCUGCUACAUGAGAAAAUGUGAUGAGGGAAAAGAUUUGACUUGCCAUGUAGUGUGUUAUUUUAAAUCAAAUGUCUUCAUAUACACAAAUGUUAUUAUUUUUCUAUGCAGUACAAUUGCAAGAGCUUUCACUUUCCAUGUUGCAGGCGAACUCAAAGUGUUUGUAUGGCACAUUGCUAAAUGCCAUUUAUGAAAGAUUUAGCACUGACCAAUAGGAAAGCAAAUCACUUAUGACCAUUUAGAGAAACCAGAGAAGAAUUUAGAAGCAUGCCUAUUUGCUCUAACACUUUUGCUGAUGCCAAUAAAGAAAUGUAAAAUCCA